UAGAGUCUUAGCCUUGACAACCACAAAAAGUUUAUUUCUCGAUUUCUUAUCUAAUUGAAUUCUAGAAAUAUUCUAAUUUGUUUUAUUAAUUAUUAGAAACCACUUCAUCCCAUUAACAUUUUUAUGGAUCUUUAGUUUCUAGUGCGAAGCUAAUAAUGAAUGUAGAGAACCAUCAUCUUAUAGUCUUAAACUUUGAGGAAUUUUCUAUUCAGUAUAUCGAAACAACCAACAAAGAAAAAACAAAUAAAUUUGAUUUUCUAGUACUUGAUCUCGCCACUGAUUGUGAAAUUUCGUUGCUGUGUUAGAAGAAGGAUAGCUAUACUGAUUCGGUAUACUCGAAAGAGACCCUUGGUACAAAAUUGACGAUCUAACAAAGAUUGGAUUUCAGUAAAUUUAUACUUACUGAUCUGAUCUUUUUUGGAAUCGAUCCCCCUUUGACUGUAUAAGAAUAAAGAAUAUGUGGAGCUCGGCAUGUCUGGAAGCACAGGAGAACGUUCUUUUGCUGAUAUUAUUACCAGUAUUCGAUACUGGAUUAUUCAUAGCAUUACUAUACCCUCCCUAUUCAUUGCGGGUUGGUUAUUUGUCAGCACGGGUUUAGCUUACGAUGUAUUUGGAAGCCCCCGGCCAAACGAGUAUUUUACAGAAAGCCGACAAGGAAUUCCAUUAAUAACUGGCCGUUUUGAUUCUUUGGAACAACUCGAUGAAUUUAUACGAUGGUUGGCUGUUCACGGACUAGCGGUACCCACCGUUCUUUUUUGGGAUCGAUAUCAGCAAUGCAGUUCAUCCAACGAUAAACCUAAUCCGAAUUAUAGAGCUACGACACAAUCAAACCCAAAUGAACAAAAUGUUGAAUUGAAUCGUACCAGUCUCUACUGGGGGUUAUUACUCAUUUUUGUACUUGCUGUUUUAUUUUCAAAUUAUUUCUUCAAUUAAUAGAACAAAAGGGAAUAGUAUAUAUAUAUAUUAGGAGUUCUCUUAUCCCAUUCGGAAGGAUAUCAUUUCAUAAUUAUCUAUGACUGUUUAGGUCUUUAGCAUGACUGACUACUUGAUCAAAUGUGGAGGAAAGUGGGAUAAAUGGCCGAUACUACUGGAAGGAUUCCUCUUUGGAUAAUAGGUACUGUAGCUGGUAUUGCCGUGAUCGGUUUAAUUGGUAUUUUCUUUUAUGGUUCAUAUUCUGGAUUGGGAUCAUCCCUGUAGUAAUCGGAUGAAUUUAGUUUUCGAAAUGAAAGCAUAAGAACUCAACAGGGAUCCACUCUUUCUUUGACGAAUUCGAGGGGGUCCCGUUGAGUUCUUCAUAAUCAAAAUCUUUUUGUAAAUGACUCAAUAGAUAACUUUUUGGUAUGUUUCAAAAAACUCCAUUUCAUUUUUUUUAGGAUGUUUUUGAAAAAUGAACUUCAUUAAUUGAUUCAAAACAUUUUUUCUGGAUAAUAUCUGUCGAUACUUUUUCUUUCAAGUUGAAAGAAAAGUAAAGGAAAGAAGGAAUACUUCUUGGGGGUGGCGCAAUAAUAUAGUAUUCUAUAUGAAAGAAUUAUAUUUUGUAAGAAUUAUUAUAUAAUGUAUUAUAUUUCUUAUAUAAUAUAUAUUUUCUACCACUCAAAUAUUCUGUAGAACCUAACUUUUUUGAUACUAUACUAAUGAAAUAGUACUCGAAAUCUAUUUAAGUCUCUAAAAAUAUCGAAUCAUGAUUUCAUUCUUAUUUUUUAAGUAAAUUAAAGAAGUUCUAUUUAGUGAAUCAAAUUCACGCUCUUUUUUGUUUGUCCAUUACUUCACUACGUAUCUAUUUCGAUAUAAACAAGAAGGAAUCGGACUCUAGGAAAAGACAAAUUCUCCAUCCUAGAAUCCCCUUUUCCCCUUUUCUCCAUUUCUAUUCCGACUUUACUUAAUAUUAUUUGCCUAUUUUUUAAGAUUUAGUAUCGAGUCGAAUUUCAUUCAAAUUUUAUUACAAUAGAAAGGGAUUAAUAUAUUUCUAUUGUAGUACAUUGUGUAGUACAUUGAAAUGUGAAAACAGCGACAUAAUCAUAUGGUUCGAAUUGAUUAUAGAGUUGAAAAAAAAAAGCAAAGAACCAAAGUCAAACAGUCUUCUUCCCAAUAUAUAUACUAUGACUGACUAGUUCUACGGUACAAGGAAUUCUCUAAAUAUGGUAGAAAAAGAGUGUAGAGAACCAAAGGUCUUUACAUAAUUUAUCAACAAAAAUGGAGUUCUUUUUACGAGCUUAAUAUGUUGAUAAAUCUUAGUAA